AUGGAAGGUCUUCAACUCAGCAAUGAUACACAGCUGUAUUCAACCAUGGCUGGGAAGCUUGACUCCAAGCUUCUUAAAGCCCUCGACGUGAUGGGAUUCACCAACAUGACCCCUGUCCAGCAGCGUGUUUUGACCGAACUUCCAACUUGGCGUAGCGACUGCCUUGUCCAGGCCAAAACUGGAACAGGAAAAACCCUUGCUUUCUUGUUGCCUGCAUUGCACUGCCUGCUCCAAGGUGAUUCUGCGCCACCCAAAGGCAAGGUCGGCAUUUUGAUCAUUACCCCAACCAGAGAACUCGCCCAGCAAAUUGCAAAGGCGUGUGAUGAACUAACCUCUCAACUUCCCACUCCUCUGGAGUGCCAUGUUGCAGUUGGUGGAACGGCUCGAGCAUCUGCUCAUUCCCGUUUCAUGAAGGGCGCACCAUCCAUUCUGGUCGCCACCCCGGGACGCCUGUGCGACUACUUGUCUCAAACUCCCACCGCUAAGAAGCUGUCUAACAUCCAAACUUUGGUUUUGGAUGAAGCCGACACGAUGCUUGAGAGUGGUUUCAUUGCCGAUGUCAAGCGAAUCCUCCAACUCAUCCCACAAAAGAGCACUGGGUGGCAAGGCAUGUGCUUCUCAGCCACCGUCCCCCCGAAAGUCAAGGAUGUGGUCAAUAUUGUGUUGAAGAGAGACUACACCAGCAUUUCCACCAUUGAUAAGAAUGAAUCACCAACACAUGAGAGAGUUCCCCAGUACCACGUGCUGAUGCCGUCUGUGGCAGACACCUUCACUACCCUUGCCUCCCUACUCAAGCUUGAAAUCAAGAAAAGCUCGAAAAUCAUCGUCUUCGGCGUGACUGCACACAUGGUUGCUCUCCUCGCAGGUGUCUUCUGCAAGGGAAUGAUCCACUUGAAGGUCUUCGAGAUUCACUCCAGACUCAACCAGGGUGCUCGCACGAGAACCACGAAUCAAUUCAAGGAGGCCGAAUCUGGAAUCCUGUUCGCUUCCGAUGUUAUUGGUCGUGGUAUGGACUUCCCCAACGUCGACUUGGUCAUCCAGGUCGGUUUGCCAUCAAACGGCGAGCAGUACGUUCACCGUGUCGGUCGUACCGCCCGUGCUGGCGCUGACGGCCGCGCUAUCAUUCUCCUCACGGAGGGCGAGUCGUUCUUCAUGAAGCAAAACCGCCACUUGCCAAUCAAGCCCCACCCCGAUACCGAAGCGAUCAAUGCUGGCGCUCCUUCAUGCUCCAAAGCUGUCUUGCAGGCCAUGUACACUAUUGAGGAAGAGUCGAAGCAACGUGCCUACUCAUCUUUCAUUGGUUUCUUCGCUGGAUCGGGUCUUCUGAGACAACUUCGUCUCGACAAGGCUGGCCUUGUUCAACUCGCCAAUGAGAUGGCAGUCAAGGGCAUGGGAUGCCCCGAGCCUCCCCCAAUGGACAGAAAGGUCAUUGGCAAGAUGGGUUUGAAGGGCGUUCCCGGGUUCAACUAUGCAGACCCAAAUGACUUUUCCCGAGGCGGCUCAUCUAGACCUCGCAACUCUUCCCGAGGUGGCAAGAGUCGUGAUGCACUUAGCCCUGGGGCUGGUCAAGGAGACCGAGGCGGUAUUGAGAAGCGCGGAGGAGGCCGCGGAGGCCGUGGAGCACGUCGUGGUGGACGUGGAAAGCCGAGAUCAUGA